AUGGCCCUAUCUGAAGAAGAGGCUAACGCCAAACUUGAACGCUUGCAGCAGCAAGUGACGCUAAACUUACAAGCCAUUGAUAAGAAUUUUGCAGAGUGCAAUCAGGUGCUCACUUCAAGAACAAUACCGGAAAUAGAAAGAUAUUCAGAAGCAACUCAUCAAAUAUGGAAUCAUUGCAAAUCAAUGGAUCGUGAAGAGAAUCAGUAUCCAUUUUCGGUGUUGAGUGGUGAAGAUGGUACAAACCGCCCAGCCCACGAUGCAAUAUCGGAUCGCUUCAGUAGAAUGAGUCAUGAUGUAACAAUGAGAGAUAUAACUGAAGUGUCUGCGCAUAAUCGUUUACGAAAGAACUUACGUAGAGCACAGUCUAAUACGACAACCUCACAAGCACGUAAAGAUACCCUCAACCCUGAUAUACUAGAUUCAGAAUCAUCAACCUACUCCAGUAGGCAGAGUACGACGAGAUCACCGCCACGCAUCAUACCAUACGCUAUGGCUCCAGACGUGCUACAACGGACACCUGUGCGAGAGGCAGCAGAUUUAUUUACAAAGGACCAAUUUCGAAAUGCUGGGGCAUCUACUUCUAGCGACGACGACUCAAAUCAAUAUCGAUUUAGCGGCGAAAGUGAUGGAGGAGGUAUCGAUGAUAGCAAAUCGAAGGACAAAGGUAAAGGAAAAAUGACAGCAGAUGGUUUUGCGACGCCAGGUCUAGGUCCACGACAUUGGGGCCAGUUGAACGUAAUGGAAGAUGAUGUUAGCAAUCGACGAAUUUUCGAGAAUUUUAUGUUUGAUCGAAAGAGAAAUCAAGAUAAAAUUGAGAGUAGAAUUACAUAUAACAGUGGGAAUGCGGGCAUGCACUCACCUAGCGACCGUAAUUAUCAAUUCAAGAAACCACCAGAGUCCAUACGCUUAACAAACACACGGGAGAGUUUCGUGCCAGAACCAUUCACAUUCACGCCGAGUGAUGCUGGUAGUCGAACGCAAACACCAAUAAAAUACUCCAAUCUUACAAGUAAAAGUCAGCAAAACCAGAAAUAUCCGAGUUAUUACCCAAGUCCUUUCGGCAAUAUACCCCAUUCCCAGAAUGAUAGACAACAAACACCCGUUAGAACACCCAGUAUCCGCGGCGAUGAUCAUGCAUCAGAACAGAAACAGACACCAUCAUCGAUUCGUGGAAAACUGCUAGACACUUUUAACGAUAUGUCGAGUAUAGAGAGUUUUGGUAUGGAAGGCAGUGGACUUCGCUUGGAUCACUCGCAAACUAUUCACUCACCGACGCCUACAGGAUUCGAUUUUGCACAGAGAAUGAGUACACUCAAAAGUCAAAAUACGCCUUCUCAGCAAAGCCAGUCGGGAUCCAAAGCGAAUUUAGCUGCUGUUGAUAAGCAACAAGAGAAUAUCAAUAUAGAAGAGGAAUUUACCGAUCCGUUGAGAAAUGUUUUAACUGAUAAUGAAAUGAGCCAUCAGUUAGAUGAUGGUAAUGAUACGCCAAAAAGCACAGCCACUGACAGAUACGCGCGAUACAAAGUGAGAAAUAGUGACAGCCUUAAAAGUGCGGAUCUGACAUCCAGAUCAAGUACAACAGCAAAUAUGACCAUGAUAUCGGGGUUGACUGGCCAAAUACCAGCUCGAUUCGAUCUGAAAUACUUUCCAGAUCAAUUUAAACAACCUCCGGCCUCUACUCAAUUAACUCGAAUUUAUAAUUAUUUUGCGGACAGGCCAGCUCAAAUGCUAACAGCGGAGGACUAUUUAAAGCAUGUGAAUAACGAAUACGAUAAAGAAACUGUUCAUGUUCUCAUCAACUUGUUAGCGCGGAAGAAGUUCUUGAAAAGAGUUGGUGAUAGAGAACGAGGCGCUUGGACGAUUCGAAGGUAA